CGUUCAUUGACUCUUCUCCAACUGUCUGUUGGCUAUGUUUUAAUUUUUAAGAUGCGAGUGUUGAACCGAAUAGGUAUCCUUGAAAAAGGUGUAGGCAGACUCAUUCUUUCAACGCUGUUGCAACGAAGAUGCUGCUGUCAACAGACAGAAUCAUCGUCAAGUCUACAAGAUUCCGAAGUAAGAACGCGGUUUGCGCCGAGUCCGACUGGAAUAUUGCAUUUAGGAGGCUUGAGAACCGCUUUGUAUAAUUAUCUUUUCGCGAAAAAGCACGAUGGUUUCUUCAUCUUGCGAAUUGAGGACACGGACCGAACAAGGUUCCAUGAGCGAGCAAUGGAUUCGAUCUGGGAAGCUUUGAAUUUUGUUAAUCUGGUUCCGGAUGAAGGUCCAACCGACAGAGCAAUGAAGACUGAAAAAGGUAGUUUUGGUCCUUAUGUGCAAUCCAAGAGAUGCCCUGUUUAUCAGAAGUAUGCUGAAAAACUAUUGGAAGAAGGCAAAGCGUACAGAUGCUUUUGCUCGUCACAUAGAUUGACUGUGAUAAAACACGCAGCAUACGAGAGUGGAGUAAUACCGCGGUACGACGGAAAGUGUAGAUACAUGUCUGAAUCGGAAAUAAACGAGCGAAUCUCGAGGCGUGAACCAUUCACACUUCGGGUAAAGUUGCCUCAGUCCAUGGAUGAUUAUGAAGAUAAAGUCCACGGGUCUGUUCCGGGAAUUGUAGACGAAGGUGACUUCAUAAUAAUUAAAUCAGAUGGGUUUCCGACAUACCAUUUUGCGAACGUAGUGGACGACCAUCUAAUGAAGAUUACUCAUGUAUUACGUGGGAUUGAAUGGCUACCAGCUGUUCCAAGACAUCUAUUUUUGUAUCAGCAGCUGGGCUUUGAGCCUCCGGAAAUUCAUCAUUUGCCUUUAAUUGCAAACGAAAACGGACAAAAGUUGUCGAAAAGGGAUCGCCAUACGAUAAAUGUUUCUAAUUUUAUCGAGGCUGGAUACAGUCCGGAAGCUUUGCUGAAUUACUUAACACUGACUGGAGGUGGAUUUCCAAUUUUGAAAGAAAAUGAAGGUCAAUUGAAAUUGAUGAGUCUUGAUGAAAUGUGUGAAAAGUUUCAGCUCGAUAAAAUCAAACACAAUUCGGCGUGUCUCGAUCAGAAAAAGUUGGAGCACUUAAGUAGACUUGAUUUGAAUGAAAAAUGGAAAACUAAAGGCGGCCAGGAUUUUGUACUUGCCACUUUGAAGAAACAUUUGGAAGAGUAUAAAUUAGACGAAGCUCAAUUAGCCGACGAAAAGCUGAUGAAAAUGUUGGAACAUAGAAUACGUGACGUGAAAACGGUCAAAGAGUUUGUGGUUUCUCCCGAAACUAGAUUUCUGUGGGCUUGGGAACCUCCUUUUGAAUCAUCCUUCGUCAGUAUUCAAAAGCAAAAUAAGAUAAUUGAUUACGCUAUUGAGAAACUAUCGCAAUGCGAGGAACCGCUGACUCAGCAGGAGCUGGAGUCCAAGUUGUCGCCACCUGACAGCCCCUUCUAUAAAUCUAAAUUAUUCACCUGUAUUCGACUAUGUCUUUCCAUUCACAAAAGUGGACCCCGUGUGAUUGACAUGUUGUUGAUGUUGGGCAAAGCGGAGUCAAUAAGAAGACUGCAAGUUUCGGUAGACACGCUGAGAGCUGCUCGAAAUGAAUUGAGGCAGGAGUCAAUGACCAUGAAAUCAGCUGGAGCUGAAAACUCUAAAACUUAGAAAACUGAAAUGAAUCAAAAUAUACCUUUUUUUAAAUUCAAUUUUAUGCCCUG